CCUCCACAGGCUUUAACCUCUGCAUUUCCCAACGGCUUCCGUCGCCGAGCCUGCCGAGUUCCACCCUGCGAAGAAAGAGACCGUUUGCCGGCCCGCAGGCCGACAUCGCGCCCGAAUUUCUGAUCGCAUGUGACAUCGUCCGCUACGGUUUCCGGUGUGUGCUGCGCAAAGUGAGGACCCACGAAGAGCCCCGGUUCCCAUAGCCACCCAGCGAAACAGGGGUGGAACGUGUGCGUGUCGCAACCCCUCGAGCGCCGUCCCGCUGCGACUUCGAACUCUUCAGGGUAACAUUGAUGGCAGUUGAGUCGCGGUGCUGCCGUUGGUCCAGACGCUGCGGAGGUUGAUACUUAACGAGGAGAGAAUUAAGAGACCUAUGAAUAGUCAUGAAGAAGAAUGAAUGAUCGUGACUCGUCGGCGGCUGCAUCGACGCGAAACGCUCCCCGAUAACGGCGUCGAUCGCAGACGUCGGCGACUGACGUCAUCAUUAUCGGCUCUAAUACUGACAACGAUCGUACAUCGAAAUCAUGGAAACGCAAGAGUUUUUGGCGAAUCUACAUUAUCUACCCAUCGCUGUCUUCUUCUCCUUACCUACGGUCUUUAUUUUAACAUAUGUAAUCGCAGUCUUACUAGGACACGUAGAAGCCGGCUUUCCUUACAUUUCCGAUGCAGCGACUUAUGCACCAGAAAGUUGUAUUUUCUCUCAAGUCGUUAAUCUGAUCGCCAUUCUCAUGUGCUUUACGAUCUACAUAAGAUAUUCCCAAGUUAAAGAGUGCACCAACGCUUUUAGUUCACCAGCUUGCUUACCAAAGUGGAAUCAUUGGGCCUUAAUCUUCGGCCUCAUAUCCUCCGCCGGGCUAUCGAUCGUCGCAAAUUUUCAAGAAACUUCAGUAAUCGUAGUUCAUCUCAUCGGUGCUUUGCUCUGCUUCGGUAGCGGCACCGCAUAUUUUUGGACCCAGGCUGCAUGUUCAUUUUAUCUGCAUCCAUCAGGAUGCUCGUUACGACUUGCACAUCUUCGUAUGGCGUUAUCGACUUUCUGUACAGUCUGCUUCUUCGUAAUCCUCAUCACGGGUGUACUGGCUCGACUGGCUUAUAAGGGAACAAACCCCCGCAAAUGGUACAAAGAGGAUGGCGGUUGGGAGUUGCACGUAGCUAGCACGAUAACCGAAUGGCUAUGUGCAAUGGCCUUUUGUGCUUAUAUCCUGACAUUCACAGAGGAGUUUAGAGACAUCAGGAUAAGCCCUCCCAAGGUAAUAUGCAGAGGCGCCAGUGGAUACGUCAAUCUUCUUUCGCACUCGCCGGUCGACACACCCUGUCCCGGCUAUCGAUACCGCGACUCCAGGGACAAUUUACUGGACGAAGCGGCACCGUUGGUGGCCACGACGCCGCCGGCGAUGCGCGAUGAUGCCGAGAGGAGUCCCGACGUCCUCUGCCCGAUGCUGAUACACGUGCACGAUCCCACGAUACGCGAACGACGAUCCACAGGCCACCACAUCGAGAAACGGCACCGAGAAUCUGUCGAGGAUCGCUCUAAGAAGUGGAUUGAUCUCGACGAGAACGUCCUGGACGAUUACGUUCUGAUCGACGACAGGAAUCUCGGUCCUUUGGUCCCCGAGAUCGACAGUGAGGAAGAACUACCGUAUCCCGAAAACUCUAUUGAGUAUGGUGACGAUGAUGAAAACGAUGACAACGACGAUGAUGAAGACACUGGCAGCCAUGGCAGACGCGAGUGGUCGAUUUACAAGCGAUUGAAGAAAAAUGCUUCAAAACGAUACCUGUCUGAUUUCGACUUCGGGGCGACCUAUCCGCUCGCGAACAGUCACGGAAAUGCCUACCAAGACUCGAGUAGUCACAGCAAAUACGCGAGAUUCCGGAGCGCCAGGAAUGACCUUGAGGCGGUUCGCGAUCUUGAUACGACGUCAUAUGCGGUGGCGAACAGUCAUGGCGAACACGGCGAUCCCACGACAGACAUCAGGAAUCGCGAUUACAGAUGUGGUUCAGAAAGUGACAACCCGGCCUGGGACGUUCGAGCGACCGGCGUAAAUUACGAGAUAGCUAACAGCCACAGCAAUUAUCGCGUGUUCUAUGACAGUCAGACGCAACAUCGAGCCAUGGUACCACCCUGGCCCUCGGAACUGUGGCCAGGAAAUCACCGCAGAGAAUCUCACGCCACGUCCGAGGACAGCGUUGCGAAAAAGGACAGCGAUGAGUGCAGAGAAAACACCAAUCAAUCAGCAAAGAAGAACGAGGAGGAUUCAGGGACAACCUGCGAAAUCGAGCAAUGCUUGGUGCAAAUCGAGGAAAGUCUCUUAAACAUCGAGCAGAAUCUUCUUCAUGUUCAGGAUUUAGAUAUACCGGAGCUGAGGAACCUACUCUACAAGAGUCCGAGCAUCGAGCGAAGCCUUUACGAGGAUCUACUCUACGCAGACGGUAUUGUUCCAGUCAUCGCCAGGAACAAAUCCAUGUCUGUCGAUUCUGACGAAGAAGAGGAGGAGGAAGAUGAAGAAGAAGUAGAAGAGGAGGAAGUAUGGGUAGGGCAGAACAUAACGAUCAAGGAUAACGACGACGAAGACGGUAAUGCGGGCGCACCUCUCUUAAAUGGGUCCAACGAGGAGCCUACAGACACGACCAACGAGCAGAAUCUCUCGAGAUCAGCCGAUGAUCACUACGUCGACUGGAUCGACGGAUCGAACGUCAUGCAGGAAGAAACGAGAGAUUCGAGUCAUCGGACGGAUCCAGAGAAAGCGAUGAAUUUCAUACCGAAUAGCCUCGGGAAAACUCCUCGCAGGAUUGUUCUCGACGAAGUUGAAGAGAACAUCAGGCUGUGUUCGUCGGAACCGGAGGAGCUCACGAUCACGAUCGAUUAUAAUCUGAACAGUGCGUGUGCCGAGAAAAAGUCUCUCUUCCGUGACAAAUGGCACAGCAGAACGAACUCGUUGGACGAGAACUCGAUCUUCCAGAAUCCGGAGUUCAUCGACAACCAGGAGAACGGCAAGUCUUCGUUGCAGAAUAUCUUCCUCGAGUCCGCAGAAAAUCGCCGCUUAGCGGCCGGCGUGAAGGCACGCUCGGAAGGCGCGUUGCAACCUGACGCGAGCAAACGACGUGACAGAAGAGGAUCCCACGAGGAGAAGCUUCUGCAGGCGGUCGAAGCGACAGCGGAGGAUUUUCGCAAGAAGCUCGAGAGUUUCGCGUCGCAACGACGAACCAUUCUGGCUGACAAGCAAAGGAGAGUGACGCCGAGGUCGGACACACUGUCGCGAUCGAAAUCGCCUACGAAGUCGAAGCGCACGACGGCAGCUAGGAAUCAAGACAGGGAUAACGGCGCCGGAAAGAACACCGGCUGCGACAAGCGGAAGAGGAAGAAAUCUGGGAAAAGUCAGAGUACCACGGAGAACGCUCUGGAGCCCAGCAAGCUGAUCUCGCUCUCGCUGUCGUUGCUCCUCGCGGCGCUCCUGCAGGCGGUCAGAUGCUUGACGGACCUCGUGGAGGAUGCCUUUAGGUCGAUCAGUUACGACAGAAGUGGAUUGCUCCAGUAAAUCGCAGACUCUUCCCGAGAAAGAUAUUCAGGUGUUACAUGCAGGCAGAUGAAUAUUUCGGUAAUACAUGUUAACAACGAACGACCGCGUCGAGCUUCGCAAUCGGUUGCUCGUGAUCGUCCGAGAGUUACGCCCACUAUCUGUGAUAAACGCUAUGCUUAGGAUUCUCGACGAAAUUGCUAUCGUUACUCACUGCUUCCAAGGGUGAUCCCGAAGUCCACUCUGUCGACGAGAAGCGAAACGACAAAGUUUGAAAGAACAUAUCUGUCGGUGAACGUGAUCUUCUGACGAGCGAGUUAAUCUCGAUCUUCCGAAACGAACUUCUGUACAAUUUCUGUACGCGAGUGUACGCGUUGCUCUGGAAAGAAAGACACGACGAAGCAAAAUGCAGGAUGGUGCAAGUAAUAAAUCUGGCUAACUCUUCGAUGGUGCUAAAUAUGGGCUCUAAGCGUGAACGGUGUUUAGUAUAUUAAGUAUGUACGUUCAAAAGUGCCUAAAACCUGUCGCGUGUAUCAUAUGCAGUACAUGAUAUAUUAAUAUAUAUUAUAUGAUACAUUAAUAAUGCUAUUUACCUAUGUCUACCUACAUAAAUCUCUUUUUUCAAAGUGUAAGAGCAUUGGGAAAAUAAAGCAAAGCGAAGCGAGAAGACGAAA